AUGCAGGAAUCAACUUCAAGUAGCCAGAUCCCACGUACCCCGUUAUACACGAAUGAACCAGUGCGACGGAAACCACGUUCCACGACGUCCAAAAUCCGUGAUAGUUGCCACUCCUGUGCUAUAUCCAAAGUUAGAUGUCCAAAAGAGAAGCCAACCUGCGCACGAUGCAUGAAACGCGGAGUUGUCUGUGAAUAUUUUGUUACGAAACGCCCAGGUCGAAAGCGAGAUAAUCAUGUUACCGAAGCUACUGAAACAUGUCAUCAGAUCAGCCCGCCAAAUUCAUUACUUCAAGAUGAAUCGGGAACAGGAUUAUUCUCAAGCGAGCCUUCCUCCAUGGCUAUCCUAAAUUCGAGCUCAACUGCGAGGGAAUUAAGUAACGUAUCCGGCACUGUCGAGUUCUCGUCUUAUAUCAAUGUCCUAGCUGAUUUUAUGCCACCCAUGGAACAAUCAUCUCCCCCUAGGAUUCCCAGGGUGAGCAAUAAUUUUGAUGGAAAUCUUACACCGCCUAUAGAUUUUCUAAAGUUCGGAUUACUGGACUCCAAUAUGACGAAUUUUGCUCCAGAAUCGUACGAUAUCGAAGGUCUUCUCACAUCGUCCAAUUUUGAAACUGGUCCAUCUUUUGAAAACCCGCUCAUUGGCUGUACGCUACCCUCUAAAUCUUUCUUUGCACUUCCAGUUGAUCAACAAGGAUUACUCUCAAAUCAUGACGAAAAUUCCAACACCGGGGUUUUGGACAUCAUGAGCAAAUUGUUUAUACCGGAGACCCCAUCUUCAGCAUCAAUGUCGACCAGUCCAAGUGAUGCUGCUACUAUAUCAAAUAACACCACAAGCCACAGCGCUGUCCAUUCCUCGGCUCAGGCCAUUGUCACUCAAAAUAAGUAUUUCAUUGAAUCUGUUGAUGGAAUUCUACAGUGUUCGCUGUGUGCGAAGACUGGUUAUCUUAUGGCUAUAUUAUCCACGAUUAUAUCCAAGAUCUUGGAGCGCUACACUAUAGCAGCACGACAGGACACGAGGCACUCGAUCUCUGAGGAGUACGGAAGCUCCGAACGUAACGGCAGAAAAAAUACUACAACCAAAGAGUACGCGGAACAUUUCGGUGCUUAUCCAGGCAUGCACUACAAUGAUGCCAGGCGAUCAAGGGCCCAGUUGGUUCUUAGCGAACUACACCGCGUGCAAGGUCUGAUGAACAGACUUUGCAAGAAUGCUCUUAAGGAGGAAGCUGCACAGAACAACACCGAUUUCGAGAGAAAUUCUCCGCGGCUUUCAUUUUCUGAUGGUCAGAGAAAUGGCUCGGAAAUUACAUUUUCAGCUGCAACGUUACGUGAAAUGAAGUCGGAUCUGCGUAAAAACCUCAGUUCACUUUCCUUUGGGAUUAUUAAAAUGUUACGAGAGAGUUGA